CCCCCCCCCACAUUUUCUCUCAUGAGUGGAGAAGACACAACCUUUGGGAAGACAAAUAGUUGAUUCAUGAUCAAUCGCAUCACAUUCUAUUGACUGCAAGCUCAGGCGUCUUUUUUUGCCGGGCGGUUCGCAAGCAAACAAGUGGUCUUGUCAUUAAAGCUGAGGAUUGAUUUGUGAGCCACGAUGGGAGACUGGAACCUUUUGGGGAAGUUGCUGGAAAGCGCCCAGGAGCACUCGACCGUGGUGGGCAAAGUGUGGCUGACGGUUCUGUUCAUCUUCCGAAUCCUGGUGCUGGGCUCGGCCGCUGAGAAGGUUUGGGGAGACGAGCAGUCGGGUUUCACUUGCGACACCAAGCAGCCCGGUUGUCAGAACGUCUGCUACGACAAGACCUUCCCCAUUUCCCACAUUCGCUUCUGGGUGAUGCAGAUCAUCUUUGUGUCCACGCCCACUCUCAUCUACCUGGGACACAUCCUCCAUCUUGUGCGCAUGGAGGAGAAGUUAAUCGAGAAGGAGAAGGAACUGGCUCUCCGGAGUGAAAAGGACCGGCAGAUACUUGGCAAUAAGGCCAAGAAAGCAGUCAAGCCCAUCAAGGACAACCAAGGUCACGUGCACUUGAGAGGAGCGCUACUUCGGACUUACGUCUUCAGCAUUAUCUUCAAGACCCUGUUUGAAGUGGCUUUCAUCGUCGCUCAAUACUUCUUGUAUGGUUUUGAGCUCAAGCCAAUGUACUCCUGCGACCGUUGGCCUUGCCCCAAUGUGGUCAACUGCUACAUCUCCAGACCCACCGAGAAGACCGUUUUCAUCCUCUUCAUGCUAGCCGUGGCGUGCAUCUCGCUGCUGCUCAACUUAGUGGAAAUGUACCAUCUCGGCUUCACCAAAUGCCAUCAGGGUCUCCGCUACAGACGGCGGCAGACGGAGCCCGCGGGAACCGUUCUCCCUUUUGUGCCGAACUACAACUACUUUCCGAGUCGCCCGGCGGGCCGCGACUCCUUCCCGGUGGAGGCGAAAUACGGCAUUGCUGAGCCGAACCCCCCCUACAACCCCUACAGCAGCAAAGUGAUGCAUAAGCAGAACAAAGAUAACAUGGCCGCCGAGAAGAAAGGUAAAACAGAUGGAGACGAUCGGCGGGAGAGGAAAACCUCUAACUCGGUUGAAGACAUGCUCGUGGAAGCUCAGCGCAGAAGCAGCCAGUCCAGCAAGAACAGCAAUAACAAGUGCAGGAUGGAUGACCUGCAAAUAUAGACGAGGCAAGAAAGAAUAAUCUUA